GAAAGAAAGAAAGAAAGAAAGAAAGAGAACUUGUCAAUUUUUAUCUUCUUCCGGUUCACUGCGCAUGUCAGUAACAGCUGUCAAGGAAACCGCGCGCCUGUUUGUAUGUUGUCUUCGUUCUCUCAUUGCAUUGUUGACCGUUACUGAAGCCCUACUUCAAUGUAAAUAGCAAAUCCAUGCCUGUCUUUCACACAGGACUGUCAUGAUUGCCAAUUCUGAUGAGAUAGUCCUACGCCAGCCUCCAGUUGCUUCAAAGAUGACAAUUCUUCCAUCUCAAAUACUUCCAGAUCCAGAUCUUCAGGUUUCACCGUUCAAGAAAGGAAUUUUGCGGAAGGAAGCAAACCGUCCAAAAUCACAUUCCAAUGUACGAUUUAAUCUGAAAAGUCAUCCCCUUGCAGACCUCAAUAGUAGUAGCAGCAGCAGCACUGGUACUCCUUCUGAGCCCAACAGGAGUAACAACAGCAUUGGUACUCCUGCUGAUCUCUACAACAGUAAUAGUGGUAUUGGUAUGCCUGCUGAGUUCAGUAGUAGUAGUGGUGGCUCUGGUACUCUUGCUGAGCUCUGCAGGAGUAGUAGCGGGGUUGCUGCAACUUCUGAGCCUUCUUUUACAUCUCAGGAACAAAGUUUUAACACAAACAUACCACAUCCUGCUGACAGUUGUACUGUGACCGAUGUUCCCCUUAUUCCACUCAACAGUUCCCAGCACAUUUUACAUAAAAUUCAUGUUUUGGCACAGAACGAUGAGACCCAUGUCAUCAAAGAACUCCAGCGCCAGUUAAAUAUUGAUAAGAAGAAAGAAAUAAAUGAAAAAGCAGCUUCUAAAGUGGACUACAAACCUGAUAGUGUUUUAUACCAAAACCUCAUCAGUUUAGACGUUCCUAUUGUGUGUGUGAAGAAAAAAAAGAAACCAGUUGUUAAAAAGAAGACACAAGAAGCUGUUCCACCAAUGUUUUAUGAUAGUGCCAAAGAAAACACUCAUGAAGAGAAGGGUAACUUCACACUUCAGGGAAUUCCACUGCCACGAGUGAAGCUGCUAAAAUCUCCACCUCUCUCCGCCUUUACUUUAUAUCAACACAACAGAGCCUGGGAAGGACUUCUUAUUCACAAUCACAGUUGAUAUCUGAGAAGUUUGCAAUAUUUGAUACAGAAAAAGAUGGCAAGCUGACAGAAUUGUUACUGUGCAAGACAAAAUGCUUAUCGGCAUUUUGUCCAUCUUUAUGUUCUGAGUUCAAAUCCUGCCAUGGUCAACUUUGCCUUUCUUCCUUUUGAGGUCAAUAAAA